GAGAGAAGGAGCAGGGAGAGGGAAGGAGGGCCGUUUCAACAAGCUGCAUCACUGGAGAGAGAACUGACAUGGGGCAGGUGGAGGUAGGGGAAAUCAGAAAGGCUGUGGUGGAGGGUGCCAUCACUGGUCUCGAUCGAAGGCUGGAGGCGGGGCUGGAACCCGUGAGCGUUGCUGGCUUGUGUUGAAGGAAAUCACAUUUGCAUGUCUCGAGGGUUUGUGGUCCCCGGAUCAAAAAUAAAGGUGACUCAAUAAUAUGCCCCGGUUUCCCUGCCGCGGGGAAAUUACCCAGGGCAGGGAGGGAAAGUUUUCAAGCGUCUCAAUGAGCUCCUGGGGGGCGGGGUCACCCCCAGGGUCUCGGCAAGCAUGCUCAGUACACGCAACCAAAAUGUCUCGCCACGGCAGUCGCUGGCAACAGGCGUUGCUGUCGACCAAAACAGCCCAGUCAUUCCUGGCCCGGUGCCUAUUACCUCCCUUUCUUAUUGUCUUUUGGGACCACUGACUAUGGGCCUAGGGUUCUGCGCCCUUGCACAAUUUCUGACUCGGAUCUCCAUACAUGUCCAGACUGGAACUACGAACAUAAAGACAGGUCUUCAUGCAAUAAGCAAAUUAUUAUGAUGAUUUGAUUUGAUUUGUAUACCGUCCUUCCAAAAUGGGUGGUUUGCAAUUAAAACAAACCACUAAAACAGUAAAAUUCUCAUUUCAAGGAAAAGCUCACAGCUUACCCCUGCUGAGUGUCACAGCCCUUUCUGUGAUGUAGCACCUGCCCUCGCCUGCUUGCUCAGCUGCAGGUCCCUCCAGGCGCCACUCUGUUCCAAACCCAAAGUCAUGAUGGUGGGGUGACAGGCCCUCCCCUUGACAGGUACCCCAACUUCCUUCCAUCUCCCUUGGGCUCCAGGCCAAGAGAGGGAGGAAGCGGGGUGGAGGGGAGGCGCCUCACCAUGGUAACCUGGGGAGGUGUUUAUCCUAGGGGGAAAGUAUGAGAAAAUCCUCACUCUUGGCCAGGGUGCAAGCACAGAGGUCUUCUUUCUGAUGAGGGACAUGAGGGCCAAGCAGCUCUUUGCGGUGAAGAAGGUCAAGAUGGUCCAGGGCAAGAGGCUCCGGAGCAAAGAAGCCAUGCUGCAGGAGGUAGCCAUCCUGAAGCAGCUCCAGCACUCGCACGUCGUCGCCUGCCACGACCACUUCUUGGAUGCGGUUGAUAAGCACGUCUUCAUCGUGCAAGACUACUGCGACAGGGGCUCCUUGCAUGAGCACAUCCUGACCAAGCAGAGGGGCUACUUCUCCGAGGACAACAUCAUGAGGUGGUUUGUGCAGCUGGCCCUGGCCAUCCAGUACAUCCACGGCCUGAAGAUCCUGUACCGUGACAUCAAAGCCUCCAAUGUAUUCCUGAUGCACACGAGGACUCUGAAGCUGGGCGACUUUGGCAUUUCCAAGGUCCUGGACAGUACUGUGGAGCUGGCCAGCACCUUCGUGGGCACCCCCUACUACAUGAGCCCCGAGUUCUGUGAGGGCAUGCUCUACAGCUCCAAGGCAGACAUCUGGGUGCUGGGCUGCCUUCUCUUUGAGCUGUGCACUCUCCAGCCCCCCUUUGAAGGUUUCAGCUUGAUUGGGCCUGUUUCAUAAGAUCAUGAGAGAGGACUAUGCUCCCAUGCCAGGGGGCUACUUGGAAGCCCUGCGCAACUUGAUCCGAGCCAUCCUCCCAGAAGAGGCCCAGUGCCACCACCAUCUUCUUCUUCCCCUUUGUCCAGAAGCAUCUCGGCCUGUUCCUCCUCCAUCGAGAACCCCAGAAGCCCCUGGCAGAAAUAUUCCAAAAGAGAGACAGUGGAGGACUCAGCCCACCCAGACAGCCUCCCAAGUCAGCCCACCUGGGCUACGCGGGUGGCAAAGCCUUCACGCCAGGAUACGUCCCACCUGCUGCUCACCAGCAGCAGGCAGAAGCCCAGGAUCCAGAGGAAGGCCUGAGUGUCUCCAGCAGCGGCUCCAAUUAUUCGGUAGACUUCGAACACACAAGCACCUCUGCUACGGACAGCAGCUCGGAUUGAAAAGGGGGCCCCUCAACAGAGAGAGCACAGAGACCCUGACAGAGAAAGAGUCCAAAUGGGGUUCGUCUGAUUACCUGGAUGACUUUGAGCACUCCGAAGAGGGGGGCCUUACCAAUAACAAAGAUGUUGGAGAGCCUGGUGGCAAAGCUGUUCCCAUUGGCAUCCUUCACGUGGACCACAUCAAAUGAGUCAAGAUGCCUCUCCUGGUUGGUGAUCACACCAAUUCGGCCCAACUUGGCCCCACCGGUCACCAUGCACAAGUUGCCUACGUCAAACUUGAUGAAGUCUGUGAUCUUCCCCAUUUCCAGGUCAAUCUGGAUCCUGAUGAUUUCUUCCAUCAAUUCUUUAAAAGAAUCUUUACAUUGUUUCUCACCCACAUAAUAGUAAAAAAUAAAUCUUUUCCUUAUCAUCUUCCCAACGUCACUUUACAGGUUUGGUCAAUGGGGAUGUCUGCUUAAAUAUUUUUGUUUUCACCAAGAUGCAAUUACAAGUCACCUGGUUCUCCCCUCCCCUGAAAUCUGUUCAUAGGCAACUGAAAGCAAGACUUGAAAUUCCUAUUGGCCACGUCCCCCAAAACAGGCAGUAGCCAUGUUUGCUUUGCUGUGACAGCAUUGCUGCUGUUUUUCUUUGAGGCCUAGUCAUUCCAAGUAUAAAGAAUGAAGUUUCCUGCAGUAGUUGGACCAGAAACUACCACAAUUUGGAAAAAUGUAGAAGGUACAAGUAGGAAUAGUACACUGUGCAAGAGCACACACACAAAAAAAGCACACAGGAAAAAAUAUUUGUGCAUAUACUGUACUUACAGAAAAGGUGAUGGAGAGCUUGAGUAGAUGCAGUAAGAGAAAAGGUGUUAAGUGAGAAAUCCAUGGUGUUGGUGUGUCAGGACCAUUUCAGUGUUAAUACAAAUAAAGUGUAAAAUGUUUAUUAUCCUCCAA